CUGCUGAUAAGUUCACAAUUGUCUGUUUUUCGUUAGAAUUUUCAAACGAUAACGUUUCCUAUUUCGUCGUUGUCGUGUUGAAAAGAGGGAUGGCUUAUUCCUCGGAGUAGAAUGGCAGUCAUUAAUGGUGGAUGGAGUUACUCGGUAGUGGCCUGCAUGCAUGAGUACCUGGCGAGAUAUCCUAAUGUACAGAUUCAAGAAUCUUCUUCGAAAGCUCACAACAGAACAGUGAUCAACAGAUUCAUCCAAACUGAAAACGUCAAUAAAAAGAAAUCAACCAGAAGGCCCCAAGUAUCGGAAGAAGUUGUCGAAAAUCUAAGGGCGCGUCGUGUUUAUCAAAAUCCUCAAACAUCUUUGAAGAGAUUACCCUUACAAUUUGGUAUUGUGCCACUGAGUACGCAAUAUCAAGUGCUCAAGAAGAGAUUGAAUUUGCAUCCUUACAAGACCAGUGUACUAGAGCAACUUCCGCCAGUAGAUACCUCACGUCGUCUGGAGUACUGCCAAUGGUUCCAAAAUACCCUCAAAUAUUGGACCUAACAUUUUUUUACUGAUAUUGCUUGGUUUCAUUUGUCG